AACACUGGCAGGUGCUGGUGGGGGGUGGGGGCUGAAUCUUAGUAGCCUGGGUGGAGUGUUGUUCCCAUUUGCAACCAUUGCAGCUGCCUGCCCUGCUGGCUCGUCUUCUGUUGUUGCUGCAAGUCCUGACCCACCCCAGAGUCCAAAGGAGGAGCUGGUUGUUUCCCAGAGGUAGAUGAUGCAGUCCAAGAUGGGCUAGAAAUAGAAGGCGGUAAUCCAAGCUCAAAAGAGCCAACAGCAGAUGACAUAGUCCAAGAUGGACAAAAGAUCGUGUUCAGAAGUUGCACCAAGCACCACAGGCAUGCGGCAUAAUCCAAGACUGAAAGGUGGUGUGAAGAACAUAAAAGAAAAUAUGUCUAAUCUUCCUGCUUGGGUGGUGAGUUAUCUUUCGGCUUUGAAUUGCAUCAGAGCUUCUAAUAAUCUGGAGGAAUUGCCAAUGUCAGCCAUGAAGAGAAGUGGCCCAGGCCAUAUCUGAGUGCUGUACUUACUGGUGCUCAUUCAGUUAUACGGAUGACUUCCACCUCAAGAUGGGAGCAAUUCCUGAUCCACACACCAGCAAGUGCCUAACUAGAUCUGGCUUGGUCUGGAAAAUCUAACUCCAGACCAUGGUUUUGUCCAACAUGAAUGAACCUCUGAAGACAUUUGGUGAGCAAGACAUGGUAACUAUAAGGUGGAUCUAGUCUUCAUGACCAGAAACGGAGUUGUUUUUCCGGAAGUACUGAGAAUCGCAGAGACUGUGUAUGACAUCGUCAUGAAUGAGAGAAGAAAGUAAUACAGUAUUGGAUGUGCCUGCUUGCUGCCACUGUUUUGAAACACAGAAAGAGAGGUGAAGAAAAUGAUGCAUUGUGGGGAAUCACUCCAAAAGGGUGAAUGAAAUGAGCUGUCUGGAUUCUAGUAUCUGAAAAGCUAAGUUAUACUUCUGCAGAGUUGUUCUAAAUGAGCCUGGCCGAGAUACUGGAUCUGUGUGAAGAAGACUAAGGAUAUAAUAGGAUGUCAACUGAGACAGAACUUCAAGUGGCUGUUAAAACCAGCACAAAGAAAGACUCUAAGAAGAAAGGUCAGGAUCGCAGCGAAGCCACUUUAAUAAAAAGGUUUAAAGGCGACGGUGUUCGAUACAAAGCAAAACUGAUUGGGAUAGACGAGGUUUCUGCAGCACGAGGUGACAAGUUAUGCCAAGAUUCCAUGAUGAAAUUAAAGGGAAUUGUUGCUGCAACUCGUUCAAAAGGGGAACAUAAGCAGAAAAUAUUUUUAACUGUCUCCUUUGGAGGAAUCAAAAUCUUUGAUGAGAAGACAGGACUACUACAGCACCAUCAUGCAGUUCAUGAAAUUUCAUACAUUGCAAAGGAUAUCACAGACCACCGGGCCUUCGGUUACGUGUGCGGAAAAGAAGGGAAUCAUAGAUUUGUGGCAAUAAAAACAGCCCAGGCAGCAGAGCCUGUAAUUCUGGACUUGCGAGACCUCUUUCAACUCAUUUAUGAACUGAAACAAAGGGAAGAGCUGGAGAAAAAGGCACAAAAAGAUAAGCAGUGUGAACAAGCAGUAUAUCAGACAAUUUUGGAAGAAGAUGUAGAAGAUCCUGUUUACCAGUACAUUGUAUUUGAGGCUGGACAUGAGCCAAUCCGUGAGCCUGAAACAGAAGAAAACAUUUAUCAGGUUCCUACUAGCCAAAAGAAGGAAGGUGUUUAUGAUGUGCCAAAAAGUCAACCUGUAAGUCUGGAGAAUGGAAACUUGUUGUUGGACAUAGAUGAAAAUCUUGAUAAAGUCACUCAGGCUGUUACCCAACUAGAGCUGUUUGGGGACAUGUCCACUCCUCCUGAUGUAACCUCUCCCCCUACCCCUGCAACUCCAGGUGAUGCCUUUAUCCCAUCUUCAUCCCAGUCACUUCCUACUGGUGCAGAUGUGUUCAGCUCUGUACCUUACAGCACUGCUGCCGUACCCUCAGGUUAUGUUGCAAUGGGAGCUGUCCUGCCCUCCUUCUGGGGACAACAACCACUUGUUCAACAACCACUGGCCAUGGGUGCUCAACCUCCAGUUGCUCAGGUGAUGCAGGGAGGACAGUCAAUUGCAUGGGGACAGCCUGGGAUGUUUUCUCCCACCCAGCAACCAUGGCCAUCUGUAGCUGGUCAGUUUCAGCCUGCUGCCUUCAUGCCAACACAAACUGUUUUGCCUUUACAAGCAGCCAUGUUUCAAGGUACCGUUGCUCCCAUUGCUACUGUUCCACCUACAAGCGAUUCUACCAGAUCAAGUCCACAGACAGAUAGGCCUAGGCAGCAAGCAGGAAAAGAAAUGUUUAAAGAUUUCCAGAUGGCUCAGCCUCCGCCAGUGCCAUCACGAAAACCAGAUCAGCCUUCCCUCAGUUGUACCUCAGAGGCCUUCUCCAGUUACUUUAACAAAGUUGGGAUGGCACAGGAAGCAGAUGAUUGUGAUGACUUUGACAUCUCUCAGUUAAAUUUGACUCCUGUGACUUCUACAACACCAUCGACGAACUCACCUCCAACUCCUGCUCCUAGACAAAGUUCUCCAUCCAAAUCCUCAGCAUCUCAUACCAGUGACCCUGCUGCAGAUGACCUCUUUGAAGAGGGCUUUGAAAGCCCUAGCAAAAGUGAAGAACAGGAAGCGCCUGAUGGAUCUCAGGCCUCAACCAACAGUGAUCCAUUUGGCGAGCCCAUUGGUGAUACUGUAAGUCCACAGGGCGAUAGCUAGAUAGCGCAGGUUGGGGAAAGAGAACCUCUCUACGCCCAGAUCAACAGACCUAAGAAAUAGCGUUGACCCACGCUUGUGGUGCUUCAAGACUCAAAAGGAAAUCUGCAGCCUUGACAGGCCUUUGGCUCCCACAUUUUCUUUCAGUUGACCCCAUCUAAUCAAGGAUAAUCACUUCACUGGAUUGGUUCAGCAAGCAAAAUAUUUGGGGCAACCAGUGAUGACUCUCUGUGGCAGAACACUGCUUUUUAGAGGUGUUUUUUUUUUUAAAUCCUACUUUCCAAACAAAGCCAUUCACCUCUUCCCUGCAAGUUUCAGCUAUCAUUUUUUCUUCUUGUUGUCAACUUUUGCCAUGUCUAGAGCACCACAUAGUGAAAGUAGACAAUCCAGAUCUAUUAAAUACAAGUAAUCAUUUAAUAUAAAAAUCAUGCAGAAAGCAAACACAUCAUGAAGUCAGCAGCUGUUGAGCUAUGCAGCUGUACAUUUUAUGAUAUGGUGACCUUUUUAUCACCAUGACAGACUGAUCCUAUUGUUUUCCUCUUAUACCACUCCAUAAUGGCAUAUUUGAAAGUGGGGAAAGUACUUGAGUGUUUCAUUUUUUCUUUCUUUCUUUUUUUAAAUUGUUGACAGACUCUAGCAGCAAAAAGCCUCCUUCAAAAACUAUUCUUAACUUGAAACCAUGGAAUGCCAUUCUGCUGAUUAUCCAUCUUGAUUGGAAAAUGUUGCCAAAUGGACCUUUUAAAUUCCAGUGCAUCAAAGAGACAAAAUGCUGCUUUUCUGUUUUGAAUACUCCGGCUGUGGGUAUAAAAGGACAUCAAAACUUUUGAUGAAAAAAGACAACAAAUGUGUUAUUUCCUAGAGAACUCUUGAAACAAAGACCACUAAAGGAAUAUUUUUUAUUUCUUUGAUAUCUUGCUGCUGUAAUGCUAUGCAGACAAGUGUUUUUUCUCUGUGUGCCAUUUUUGAAGAGACAAAAAAAAAUUGUUUGCCAAAUACUUCCAGUAUGACUCUGGAUUUGAUUGGAAUGGACUUUAUUAACAGGAUGAAGAUGGCAUGAAUUUUGAAAUAAUGAACUGAUUCUGUGAUCAAAUUGUUCAUCUUUAUCACUUUUUGUACGUCAGAAAAAUUCAAAUGGGAUUUUUAUUUUAUAACUUGAAAUUUAAAAAAAACAAACACCGUUAAACUCUUUAAAUGUUUAAGGGGAAAUGGCUUUAAGGAGUUUGAAUGAAAUUUGCCAGGUUUUUUUGUAAAUAUAAAUGUUAUGAGAAUUCUUUUAAUAAUGCCAUGACACUGUAGAGAAGGUAGCAAAUGGCAGUACUUUGGAAGCGUGGAAACCCCGUUUGUGGUUCUUGGAUCACGUAUGUUUUUUCACAUGCUUAUGAUAAUGGGCUGAGGCUUAAGUGCAUCUGCCAGCAGCAAAGCUUGUCAGCAACUAAAAGAGUUGAUGGGAACACAUGAUUUCAUGAUCUUGCUUAUACCACACAAAUAUGACUACAUGCUCUACAUUUUUUUACAGAAAAAAAUGCCACAUUUCAUAGCCAUUUCAUAAUUUAAAAGAAAUUAAACUGUUUACACACAAAACAGAAACAACUUUUUAAAAACUCUCUUUUUUUUACAUUUAUGUAAGAAAAGUGCAGUGUUUGGUUCCUAUCUUUAGCACAUGGAUUGCAUAAAGAAUCUAUAUAUUUUUGCCCUACAGAGAAUUGUUAUACAGGUCAAAUGUGUUUUCCUGAUGUUGCUAUGCAGAUGACAAUAUAUUGAAUUUUAGUGGUUUAGCACUAAAAAAAAAAGUUAAUGAAUUCAAAUGGCAAGUUGUUUUUAGGAUUAUGCAGAUUUUGUUUUUAAAUCAAAACACCAAGAUUUCUGUGAAUUUUCCACUGAUUUAUGUAGGACUGGAAUUGUAUAUUUCUGUAUGUUUCAAUGGUUUAGACGAAAGCAUUUUGCAGAAGUAGCUGAAAGCUUAAAUGUGAUGAUGAUUUGGUGAUAAGGGCAAUCAAAUUUCAUAAUUUGGUUACCCAUACCAUUUUCAGAAGGCAAUGAAACCAGAUACCAUUUCCAGUAGGCAAUGAAUGGAAAUGUGUAUUUAAGUGUGUGGAUGAUACACUAGAUAUGGAUAGACAAUAUCAAAGCAGAUGUAAGAUCUAAUGCACUCUUCCAAUCAUUUUUUUCUCUAGUCAUUGUUACAAUCUCUGUGGCAAACCCACACCAAAAGAAGGAUGCAAAAACUAUCUUCUCCAUAAGAUAUUGAAUUUCUGGGAUUGUAUGUUUUUGGCUUAAGCAAGAGACUGAAAACAUUCCACAGAGCAUUUCUUGUUUAAGUUUCUUUCAGAUGUUGAUUUUAAUCAGAAAUGCUCCAUUCUUCCUUACAAAAGCUCUUACCUGUUUUUGUCUUGGAAUGUUGGACCAUAAGAACACAGGGAUUUCAAUUCUCCACUCGUAAACCUUUGGAGGAUGUUGUGGUCACUAGCUUUUCAAUUACUCAGCAAACAAUAGUUCAAUAGGCUUAUUAAAGACACCUGUAAUUAGAAACUCUGAUAGACUUGCCCAGGAUGGGAACAGACCAUACAACCAUAACAAUAGCUAUAAAAAGGAAUGAAGUUGGAACUUCAAAAAAAUCAGAAUUCACAUGGAAGUUUGUUCCAUCUAAACACUGGCUUUUUUUUUUUAAGGAGAAAUUCCACAGCUACCAUCUCCCACCAUUAGAUGAUUCUUUUUUUGUCAUAGUUCAGAUCAACAGAAUGUGGGAGCCUGCACUGUACUAAUAUUGUAGAUAAGUAAUAGGUUCAGGGGAGCCAACAAACCUAUCCCUCCCCAUUCUUCACUAGCACUAAAUUUGUCACUUUAAAUUUUAAUCCAGGGAAUCCCACCCACCAUCCUGUACUGUCUCCAGUAGUUUCUUGAUCCCUCUCAUGUCAUGAAAAUAUUUUGAUAGAUCGAAGUCAUUCAGUUGUCCAACAAAACCUAUGAUCAAAUAGUGUACUGGGCACCUUCUUUGCAAAGAUGUUUACUCUUUACUUCGAUUCAUUUUGAUUUCUGCAUUCCAACAUGUAUUUUUUUAAUAAAGAAAAGAAAGAUAAAAAAUGACUGUUUUGCAGUACAUUUCUAGAUCUACGUUAACUUUACCUCAGAGGAAAUCCAUUUAACAUUUGCUGAACAUCUCUUUUUUUUUUUUUAACUUUAUGUAUAAUGCAUUCAGCAGAAAAACAACUUUUUAGAAAUUUUCCAUUAAUUUCUGUAACACACCAUGUAAUAUUGUUACAAAUAAAAACAUUUAAAAUCA